AGUUGUCACGUCUUAUUGGCCCCUGGUUAGACCAGCCAGGGUCCACUAGCCCUGAGCUGCAGGGAGGCUGCAGUGUCCACUUAACACUUCAGCAUCUGUAGCACAGCAGGACCAAGCAGCUACCGUCCUCUACCAGCUGGGGGUUUGCUCCCAAGCCCACUCUACUUCAGAUCAGUUCAACUCUCUCCCUUCCCUGCCCUCCAGAACUCCCAUAGCCUCUGGCAAGAGCCUCAGCUCACUUUGCCAAGAUGUCCAGGGUAGCCAAAUAUCGCAGACAGGUGAGCGAAGACCCCGACAUCGACAGCCUGCUGUCGACCUUAUCUCCCGAGGAGAUGGAGGAGCUGGAGAAGGAGCUGGAUGUGGUGGACCCAGACGGCAGUGUUCCUGUGGGGCUGCGGCAGAGAAACCAGACAGAGAGACAGUCCACCGGCAUGUACAACCGGGAAGCCAUGCUCAACUACUGUGAAAAGGAGACCAAGAAACUUAUCCAGAGGGAGAUGUCCAUGGAUGAAAGCAAGCAAGCAGAGACCAAGACAGAUGCCAAGAAUGGAGAGGAAAGGGGCAAAGAUGCCAGCAAAAAAUCCCUGGGCCCCAGACGGGACUCAGACCUGGGGAAGGAGCCAAAGAGGGGUGGUUUGAAGAAAAGCUUCUCCAGAGACAGAGAUGAAGCUGAUGGCAGAGGUGGCGAGAAGUCCAAGGAGGAGAAGACCAUCAGGGGCAUCGACAAGGGCCGGGUGAGGGCUGCAGUGGAUAAGAAGGAGGCAGGGAAGGAUGGGAGGGGGGAAGAGCAGACCGCGGCCACCAGGAAGGAGGAGGAGAAGAAAGCAAGCGACAGGAACAUGGGUUUGAGCAGAGACAAGGAUAAAAAGAGAGACGAGAUGAAAGAGGUGGGCAAGAAAGAGGAUGGCGAGAAGGUAAAGGGGGAUAGAAGGAACACGGACAUGAGAAAAGAGGAUGAGACGAUGAAAAGAGCAAGCGGGAACACCGACAGGAAGAGGAAGGACGACAAGGUGAAGAGAGAAGCUGGGAACACAGACCCAAAAAAGGAGGACGAAAAAGUCAAGAAGGCUGAGUCCCUAAAGGAAAAGGAAGCCAAGGACGAGAGCAAGACCAAGACACCAGAAAAAGCAGCCCCUAGUGGCCCCCCCACGCCCUCUGAAGGACCUGCCAAGGUGGAGGAGGAAGCAGCUCCCAGCAUAUUUGAUGAGCCCCUGGAGAGAGUGAAGAACAACGACCCCGAGAUGACUGAGGUGAAUGUCAACAACUCAGACUGUAUCACAAAUGAGAUCUUGGUCCGGUUUGCUGAGGCUCUGGAGUUCAAUACUGUGGUCAAGGUGUUUGCCUUGGCCAACACGCGAGCUGAUGACCACGUGGCCUUUGCCAUCGCCAUCAUGCUCAAGGCCAACAAGACCAUCACCAGCCUCAACCUGGACUCCAACCACAUCACAGGCAAAGGCAUCCUGGCCAUCUUCCGGGCCCUCCUCCAGAACAACACGCUGACGGAGCUCCGCUUCCACAACCAGCGACACAUUUGCGGUGGCAAGACGGAGAUGGAGAUCGCCAAGCUGCUCAAGGAGAACACCACCCUGCUCAAGCUGGGCUACCAUUUUGAACUGGCCGGGCCCCGAAUGACGGUCACCAACCUGCUCAGCCGCAAUAUGGACAAGCAGCGACAGAAGCGGCUGCAGGAGCAGAGGCAAGCACAGGAAGCCAGCGGGGAAAAGAAGGACCUGCUGGCAGUGCCCAAGGUUGGGGUCCUGGGCAAGGGCUCCCCCAAACCUUCACCCCAACCAUCUCCAAAGCCCUCUCCAAAGAACUCGCCCAAGAAAGGGGGUAUGCCUGCUGCCCCACCCCCGCCACCCCCACCUUUGGCUCCGCCCCUUAUCAUGGAGAACCUGAAGAACUCACUGUCACCAGCUACCCAGAGGAAGAUGGGAGACAAAGCCCUCCCUGCCCAGGAGAAGAAUUCUCGUGACCAGCUACUGGCCGCCAUCCGCUCCAGCAACCUCAAGCAGCUCAAGAAGUUAAGUAGCAGUGGGCAGGAGCAAAUAGGGGAGGGGCUGGGCAGGGAGCCGGGGGCAAAGGGCAGGUCUGCAAAGGGUGCAGGCUGCCCUUCUAGCCUGACAGUGCUGCCCAUACACACCAUCAGGUGUACACAAAGGCAUCUUUCUGACUUCUACUGGCUUGCAGCAACGAUUUUAGCCGGGGUGGGGGGAUCUCCGUCUACUGUCUUGGAGCGCGCGUUCGGCGCUGCUGGAGGAUACAGCCCAAUUCAGGAUGAUGUCAUCAUUCCUCUGGCUCACUUGAGCCUGACGCGGGAGCGCAGCGCCACCUGGGGGGCAGACCGCGAUGCAGGUUCUCCGCUGCUCCGCGGGCUGCGCUGCGGCCUGGGUAAGGUGGCGGCGCGGGUGAGCAGGAGAAGAUGGGCAGAUGGAUCUGAGCGCCGGCCCCAGCCCACGGGGCUAUCUAGGGAGGAAACACCGCCCCUCAGCCUUGAAGGACCAGAGAAGAGCGAUAGGAAUGCUGCGAACGAUGUGCUCAGCGACCUGCCGAGCUGCAGAAAAUGGACCCAAACUGGCCGCGGCCGUUUCUGCCGGGCCAUGCACCUGCCGCCGCCCUCCUGCCCCACCCGCGCUGGCAGUCACGUGACUGCCUUCUCGUCCUAA